AAUCAGCCCCUGCUGCUUGUAGUUGAAAGCAUCAUCUUUGCAACUUCAGGUUGUGCCAUACAGUUUAUCAUGUCGUUUUAGCUUCACCCUCGUCUUCGCCCUUCUAGCAACUGCAUGUGAACACAUGGCUCUGCCCCCACUUUGUCCUCUCGUCAUUUGCAUGUGCACAAACUUCUCUACCUUCACCUGCCGUCAUCACGACCUCUUGUCCUUCUUCUUUCAUCCUCUGGCCUUUUAUUUUCUGCAGAUCAGCUUAUUGAACACCGUCUCGUUGCUUUGUAUUGAAUGGUUGGUUCGUUUCCGAGUCAUCCAAAUCGCGAUUCAUAACCAUGGUCAACUACACCGAGACAAAGCUGACCUUCGCUGUCAAGCUCUGGGUGCACGACAGAAGAGAACCCCAGUACGAGCUUCAGUUGAUUGGAGUCCACAAUAACAGCCGAGUAGACUUCAAGCAUUACAGUGCCAGUAUGAUACCCCAUUACUCCAUCAGCAACCAAACGGUGGGGUGGUUCUCCGGUAGGAGGAUGUUUGGGGAGCUAAUAGCCGAGCUUCCAGCCCCUGGUGCAGGUGGUGACUAUUGGCCUGCGACAAUGGAGAUCGAUGAGAAGAAAUACGAUCUCAAGCUUGUGUUCUGUGGUCGCCAUAACGACAACUCCGACCUCUAUGCUGCGGCAUUUGUUGAACUGUAGUUUGGUCAUUGCCAAAAUAAACCGCUCGAAGCUUGAGUCAAUGAGGAAAACCAACGACUCGGCCAGUGCCUUACUUCCUCCCUUCUAUAAAUAUUCCAUAUACGAAAAGACUGGCACUAGUUGAGGCCACGGUUUAUGCAAGACAUGGAACGAGGAAUACGCAUGAUCGUUGGUCGGAGCUUUGAGUGAGGCUAGAAUUAUCCUUCACCAGUGCAGAAGGAAUACCAAAC